AUAAGUUCACUUCCAAUUUUGACACACUUUCUAUAACAUGACGCCCAUUCUGCUGCUGUCUUAAACACACAACUCAGCAUGUUAGUCUAUUGACCCACCUCGAGUUAUAUGCUCUCUGAGCCUGGAUGACAGGAAGCCUCUGACUCAGGUUGUAGUAUAAGAUCAUAAAGCAAAUGAGAGGAAACUGGGUGGAAGGUGUGUCAGUCACCUGGAUCUGCUCCCCGCCCCCGGCAUCACACUCCUAUCUAUACCAUGAGUUACAGUACAUCAAACAACUGUUUCAGAAGAACGGGAGGGAAGUGCAUUCUCCAGGAGCCCAGACACUGUGCUGCAGAAAGUAAGGUGCCACAAGGGGAGUGUUUCAUCAGCAUCCUUUCCAGCCAUGGUGAAGAGGGAAUUAUUUACGAUUUCUAUGGCGAACCCCUUCUGCUGAGAGACCUAUACGACAUGGUUUCUCCACACAACAACCCAGCACUAGCUGGAAUACCCAAAAUAUUCUUUAUACAGGCAUGCCGAGGUGCGGGAUUAGAUGAAGGGACCGACCUAGAGGCUGACGGUGCCCCAAUGGAUAUAGGUGCCUUCUCUCAUAUUGACUUCCUGCCGAGGGACACUGUGGUCAUGUUUGCAAGCAGUGAAGGUUAUGCUGCUUUCCAAAAUCCAGUGGGCUCCAUCUUCCUACAGACGUUGUGUGACAUGCUAAGCGGCAAUGAGAAGGACCUGGAACUGACGCGGCUCCUUACGCGCCUGGCUUGCAGGGUGGCCUACACAUUCCAAAGCAAAGGCAAAUAUGAAGGUUACAAAGAGAUGCCAUGCUACAUAACAAAUCUCACCCAGGAAGUGUACCCAUUCAGGACAUAGAAAGGAAACCUGCCAUGUGUAAGAACUCUGUAGGUGCCUCUGGUGACUGCAUUAUACCCUCGCCUGAAUGGCCCCAUCGUUUACAAGACAAGGAGGGAAUUACACAACAGAAGAUGUAAUAAGCAUACUUACUAUACCUGUCCUACAGAAGUAAUAGUAGCUUAUUAGAGCUCUUAUGGCGCCUAUUUAUGAUUUAUUUGUUUUUUUACCUGGUUGCAUCAGACUUUUUUUUCCUUUUCUUUCUGCAGAACACUUUACCAAGCACUUUCCAUUGUAGUGUAGUCUGUCACUACAUUCUUCACUUUCUAGUAUGUCCUGCUGGAUACUGCUGUGCAGACUUGGCUGAAAGGCUGGUAUUUGUGCAGACGCUCCUUUCACCUGAGCUUUGUCAUGGGCAAACAGCGGCUAACAGCGUCUGGAGAUGACGUUGACUACCAGAUGACCGUUUAGCGCUGGAGUUUGGUAAAAGGCCUAAAAAGAUGGGGUCUGCUUAUGCAAAUGAAAAUAGAGUGACUGCGGCUGUACCUGUAAUGUUUAAUAGCCACAAUAGAAAGUAAUGCAACAACCGUCUAAGAAUGGAUUACAUUUAGUGGGAGAUAUACCAAAGCUUGGAGAGAGAUAAAAUACCAACCAAUCAACUCCUAUCAUUUUUCAAACACAGCCUGUGACAGGAGAGUAUUGGCUGGUACUUCAUCUCGCUCCAAGCUUUGAUAAAUGUUCAACUGAAUACAAAAGUAAUAGACCCCCAAGGCCAUAAUACAAACUGAAGUGAUUAUUCAGUGUAUAUUGCACUAGUACUCAUUCUUUUCAUGUUACAGUGUUGCAAACAUCUCAUACCCUUUGCUAGUAUUACAGACCAUAUGUGCCUAAUUAUUGUAACUCACUUUCUGUCAGUCCACCACACAUGUGCAAAUGCAUGCAGGAGUGGCUGGCACAGCAGCCACGAUCACAGAUCACGAUUUCAUAGUAAAUAGACCCAGUAAUGUUUCAGCUCGGGAACUGUAACCGGCACAUGGCGGUUGCAGACAUUUUUUUUUUUAUUAUUAUUUUAUUUUUAUAUUCCCCCGGUACAUAGUGAAUGCUGUAUCCUUAUGAAUUAUGGUUUAGCCCGCAAAAUGUCUGCCUCCGCUGAUGUGGAUGGUUCACUAUAUCUCUAGGCUACCUGCUAAACGAUGUAUUACAGCAUGGAUACUUCUCUCUUAUGCCUAGAGCUUAAUUUUGUUUACAAGGAAACUGUUUCAAGUAAUUGCCAGUCUAUUGCUAUUUAUUUAUUUAUAUUAAUAUUUGAAUGUAUGUGAAAAUAAAGCUAUUUUUGCUAAUUAAAUAA